AUGUAUAAACUCGAUAUUCCACUCAGUUUGAAAGAAAAAGCAGCGAUUGAACGUCGUCGUCGAGCUGAAGAAGAACGUCAAGGUCGAGUAUUCAAUUCUAAAUAUCGACAAAUAGGCGUCGAUAAAGAAGCACUUGAACAACAAGUUCAAGAACGAAAUUGGUUGGAAGAUCUCGAACAAAAACGUGCAAAUGCAUUUGCUCAAGAUGCUAUUCGAAAUGAUAAAAUUGCUCAAUUACUUCAACAUCGUCAAGAAAAUGACGAGCGAGAAUAUAAUCGUUCAUUAAAUGAAUUCCGUGCUUUACAUCAACAACCAUCUGGACAAAGAGAAUGGGAUUUAAAUGAUCCAGAUUAUUUAAAAAAAGAUAUGCCAGCACGUGUAUCUGAUGAUGAUCCACGUUGUGGUGUAGCUAGUUUACAGAAAUUCGAAGGUGAAGAUCAGAAUUCACGUGCACGAGCGAAAUAUCAAAAAGAACAAUUACGUGAAUGGUCACGUAUGCAACAAGAAGCUCAAAGACGUGCAGAACAACAACAACAAGCAGCAGAUAAAUUAUUUCAUGCUAAACAAAAUGAAUUAGAUCAACGUGGACUUGAGCUUCAACGUGCUGAAGAAGAAUGUCAUCGAGCUAUUAAUGAAUCAAUUAAAAAUUAUAAUAAUGCACUAUUUCGAGAAACUCAAGAACGUCAAGCAUUGAAAAAACGACAAACAGAUCAUGAUAAUUAUGCUGAAAUGGCAAAUAUGAUAUCAUGUGAUUUAUUAACAGAAAAUCCUGAUCAAGCUAUAAGUCAAUAUGGACCACAUCGUGUUGUACCUGAUCGAUGGAAAGGUAUGAGUGAAGAUCAAAUACGUCAAAUACGUGAAGAACAACAACGUCAAGUUGAAGAGAAAAAACGUCGUGACGAAGAAGAACAACAACGUAAUGAUGAAUGGGAUCGACGACGUCAUGCUGAAGCUAAAGCUGGUAUGAUUAUUGAAAAACAAAUUGAAGGUGAACGUCGCGUUUAUGAACAUGAUCUUUAUGAUGAUAAUCAACGUUUGGCAAAUGAACAACGUAAUCUUAAAAAAUAUCUUGAUAGUGUUGUUUAUACAAAUCAACCAACAGCUGCAUAUUUUAUGCAAUUUAAUACAACAACAAGAUAG